AUGCACCUAGGGGUCCUGAGGGAACUGCCGGAUGAAGCGGCUAAGCCACAUAAGGGGGCCUACAGGAAAGAUGAUGAGGCUGAGUACCACACCGCGGUUGCUGUGUACUGUGGGAGCAUUCCAAAAUUCCAACCCAGAUACAUAGCUCUGCGAGGCGGAAGCAUUGAUUCCAACUUGCAGUUUUGUGGCAGCAAGUGGACCACUGGAGAAGAAGCUUCUUUUCAGACCCUAUUAACACCCAAGAUGAAAGUGGAGCCUAGUUUACGGGAUGGGGAGCAUCCAUACCCAAGGGCCAUUCCUCCCCUGGAUGGCUGGAUGAAGGCUAGUUGGGACAUCCUCCGAACUGGGGAUGGUGGUGAUCUCUCGCACCAUUCUCACCGACCCUUGACCCAGGAACUCCAAGAGAGAGAGGUGAGCAGUGCUGCCCCCAGAACUGUUCACAUCAAGGACAAGCUGAAGAUGAGGAGGAUCUCUGAGGAUCUGUUAGCCCCACACAGAGGCCUGACUGACUGCAGUGACCCUGAGGGGCUUUCCCUGAAGCCACUAGUUUGCAUGUCAGCUUCCCAGAGGUUCCCGGCAACCUCCAAGCCCAUGCCUCCCAUCCAGAACCGCCUCCCUCCCUCAGAGCUCAGCAGUGUGAGCAACGGAGAGCAGGAGCAUGGGGAAAGUGGCACAGGCUGUGAUGAGAGUGAUGGGGAUAACACAAAGCUGAUGUCGGAGGCAAAAGGAUCUGAAGCUUCCCUGCUGCCCUUGUAUUGCAAUGGUGGGGACAGGAAGAAGGCACUGGGAUUGGCUUUGAUUCCCCCUAUCCCCAGGACAGCAAAACCAUCUGAUGAGGCUCCUGUCAGAAGCGCAGUGCCUCCCCCAAGCUCUCAGCACCUGGUUUUCCAAAAGGCCCUGGAAAUGAGGCCAAGAUCAGGCAGCAGAAUUGAAAAGACCAUUAAGUUUCAAGAGCUCCAGCCUCUGGAACCCAUCAUGCCUGUUCUCCAGCAUCAUGUUGAUGGUGGCACGAAGUCUUCUGGACAUUUAUGUGAAACUGUGCUGCACCCGUUAACAGGCCCCCCACUCAGCCAGACCGAGGAGGUGGAUCAUCUCAUGAACCCUUACCUUCUUAGUGGUGACGACUUGAAUCACAGCAAUGGAAAGAUCCACGUUACCUUGUCCAAGUCAGAUCAAAAGAAAACCGACCAGAAGCGAAUGAGAGACAUGGAGAUCUUGCGUAGAGAGAGGGAGAAAGAGAGAGAAAAGGAAAAGGACUUGCAGCUUCCUACACAGAGUGUUGACCCUGGGGAUACAGCCAGAGAAAGCUUUGGCCCACCGCCUGUCAAUGGGACAGCUUUCAUUUCCCCCAGCACGAGCAACGCACGCAGAGAGCACGCUGGUACUGCCUUGAGGAAGCGGGUCAACGGGCCGUUACUCCCCAGCAUCCCUGUCAUCAGCCAGGGUGACAGCUUCCUGCGCAAAUCCUCAGCAAACUCGCUGCUGGACGAUGAUCCGGAUUUCCUGGAGCGGGGAGACGAGUCGGAGUGUGGGUUCGCCUGGGAAGCCAGACCCGUCGCUAACCCACAGCAGGAGCUGCUCAGAGCACUCACGGGGCUCAGCAGCGACAACUGGGAGCAGAAGGCAGAGGGACUCCUCAGCAUCAGAUGCCUGGCUGUCUGCCACUCAGAAGUCCUUCUUUCUAAACUUCAUGACGUUUCCUUGGCAGUUACCAAGGAGGUGAACAACCUCCGCUCAAAGGUGUCUCACUUUGCAAUCAUCACUCUUGGAGAGCUCUUCAGGACCAUGAAGAAGCACAUGGACCACGAGGUGGAUGGGGUUGCUCAGGUCUUGCUCCAGAGGAUGGGGGACUCCAGCAAGUUCAUUCAGAAAGCAGCCGAUCAGUCCCUGGAUAUCAUGGUGAAGAGUGUGACUCCUGCACGAGCAGUGACUGCUCUCAGGGCUAGUGGAGUCCAGCACCGCAACGUCCUGGUGCGGAGGUGUGCGGCCAAACACCUACUGACUGUGAUGGAGCAACCUGGAGCCGAGAAGCUCCUGUCGGGUGCGCGUGACAGGACUGAGCUGCUGGUGCGCACAGUGGUGAGCCUUGCUCAGGACUCUCACCAGGACACAAGGUCUUAUGGACGGAAGAUGCUGAAUGUGCUGAUGAGUCAUAAAAAGUUUCAGAGGUAUUUGAAACAGUCUGUCCCCUCACGUGACUUGGAAGAUGUUAUGAAAACACUGAAGCAGAAAGGCAGAGAAGACCAUAAAUGUGAACUUCCACCUCUGAAGGACCCCAGGCAGUCUAGGAAGAGCAGCUCGAUGACGGCCCAGCACAACCCGCCUUCUAACGGAAGUUUGAGGUCUCACUCCGAUGUACUGAGUUUACCCCGUCAGACAGCACGUCGCACGUCUCUUCGGGCUGCGGAAGAAACUGACCAGCUCAAUGAGCUUUCCAAUCUCCUGACAGCCAAGGAGUUUGAGACACGAAGGGAGGGAGUGCUGCUCCUCCUAGAUCUCUGCAAAAGCAGCCCCCAGUUCGUCUCCACUAACAUUGUCCGGAUUUUUGAUGUUUUUGUCCUGAGACUUCUGGAUUGCAACAAGAAAGUGAACCAGCAGGCGCUGGAGGUGCUGGCGUUGAUAAUACCCAUGCUCACAGAUGCCUUACACCCAGUGCUACUCUCUGUGGUAUCGGCUGUCAUUGACAACCUGAACUCAAAGCACUCGGGGAUUUAUGCUGCAGCUGUGAAAGCACUGGAAGCAGCCAUGGCUCACCUAGAUCACAGAUUGCUGCUGCAAGCUUUUGCCAACCGAGUGCGUUUCCUCAGCGGCCAAGCUCUGCUGGAUGUCACAGAACAUCUCUCAGCGCUCGUGGUAUCUCUUUAUCCCUGGAAACCCCAAGCCGUCAAGCACUACGCCCUGCCCGUACUCUGGUUCUUCCUGGGAAACAAGGCCCCGCCUGUCCGAAGCAGGAAUGUCAGGGCUGUGGCUGCCAAGCUUGCAAAGACCCUCUACCAAGUGAUGGGCUUGAGCCUGAAGGACCAUGCUGCCACCCAGCCUCAGCACGUGGUGAAGAACCUCUCGGACAUUUUGGGCCUGAAGGUCGGGUGAAGACUUGGUGUGCUCCAGGGAGCCGACAGAGAGAUGCUGAGUGGAACAGGUGGAGGCAAAGGUGGACGUGGUGGUGGCGGCACUGGUUUUACUCAGUGUCUUUGAAGAACGAGAUUAACCGUACAGAGUUUAUAGUUACAGUUGUACAUAGCAUAUUUU